GAAUUUCCUAUUGUGAAGAGGUUUCCUAAAGUUUUUCCUUUAUAUUGUCUCAAAGAAAAAAAAAAAUGAUUUUCCUUUAUAUUACCUGUAAAUAACAAAACAAAACAAAACAAAAAAACCAUUGAUUUACUCGUUUCUCUCCUCCUUCUCCAUUGGAGCGCAUUCAAUAUCGCACUUGACGAUCUCCAUAACAAACUAUUUGUUCGUUCUCAGCAGCGUCUGAGAAUUCUUAUUGAAGAAGGCGAAGUAGAAUACUGAAUUGAAAACAGUAGAGAAAGAUGGGAGAAAGGAAAGUGUUAAACAAAUACUAUCCACCUGAUUUUGAUCCCGCCAAAAUUCCGAGGCGAAGGCAGCCCAAGAAUCAGCAAAUCAAAGUUCGAAUGAUGUUGCCAAUGUCUAUUCGCUGCAAUACGUGUGGUAACUACAUCUAUAAAGGAACCAAGUUCAAUUCGAGGAAAGAAGAUGUCAUCGGCGAGACAUAUUUGGGCAUCCAAGUUUUUCGAUUUUACUUCAAAUGUACAAAGUGCUCGGCUGAGCUGGCAAUGAAAACUGAUCCACAAAACUCAGAUUAUGUGGUUGAGGCGGGUGCCACACGGAAUUUUGAACCUUGGCGGGAUAAAGAUGAGGAAAUUGAGAAGGAGAAAAUGAAACGAGAUUCUGAAGAAAUGGGAGAUGCCAUGAAAUCUUUAGAGAAUAGAACUUUGGACUCAAAACGUGAAAUGGAUAUACUGGCAACCCUUGAUGAAAUGAAGUCUAUGAGGUCAAGGCAUGCAACAGUCAGUGUAGAUGCAAUGCUAGAGGCCUUGCAGCGGACGGGUGAGGACAAGGAAAAGAAGUUGGAUGAAGAAGAUGAGGCCCUUAUCAAAUCAAUAUUCAAUGGGCCCAAACAGUAUGUGCGAAGGAUUGAUGAUGAAGAGUGGGAUGAUGACAAUGAUGAGAUAGCAAAUGACAGUGUGAACUCUGUGAAGAGACAAAAACUUUCAGAUGAUGCUAGUAAACCUACAGAUGUGUUGACAAAGAGUAAUAUAUCUGAAGAUUUGAGUAACAAAGCAGAACAUUCAGAUAGUAAACAACCCACCUUGCAGACUUCAUCAGUCAGAUUCUUGGUGAAGAAGAAACCAGUUCAAAAACCAGACAACACAGAACCUUUGAACAAGGAAGUUACGAAUCCGCAUGAAAGCACAACCUCUAAUGGUGUACUGCAGUCACUUUGUCAAUAUGACAGUGAAGACAGUGAUUAAGCACAAGAACACAGGACAGUUUGCACCAGAUUGCUGUAUUUUACGGAUUCAAAAUUAGUUUUUCAAAUUCAUUUUAAUUGGCUGUUUCUUGCAUCUAUGAUAGCUUGUGCUGAAUGCUGGAUAGAAUUUGUACAAUGCUUGAGGCGCUAAAGAUGAAGUUAAGGAAAAGUUGAUGAACUAAGAGGAUAACGAGGCCCUUUUUAAAUCAAUAUUUUGUGUGAAUGAUUCAUGAUGAAUUUGAUGAUGACAGUGAUAUUGCAUUAUAGUAUUAGUCAAAAAAGUAUUAAAGUAUUUUUAGGUGGAUACACACCACAA